CUGUUUGAUGGCCGGAGGAAGCGACUGAUGCGCCGGAGAGAGCCGAAGAAAGAGAGCGAGCGAGCGAGAGAGAGAGAGAGAGAAAAGAAAGGCUAGAGAAGCAGGGUCUGGGCUGAACGAAACAGCGUUACUUAGAACAACAAACCCAAGAUAUAUAUAUAUUUUUUUUUUGUCUUCGCUGCGGUGAACCCUGCCCUUCUCUGCGCCACUGUGCCGGUGUUUUUUCCCUUGGCGUAUCGAGAGCUCGGUUCGGGGAGUGCUGUCUGUCUGUCUGUCGUGUCGGUCGGAGUGGAGAGGAGAGUCCGGUAUUGCCGUUCCCAGUCAUUGCGAUAUAAACAGCGGGCACCCUGACUGAGAACAGGUCAUCUCUUUCAGAUCUGAGUGUCCCGACAGCAGAAGUGACGCGCGCACCUUCAGCACAGCAAAAUGAGUGAACUCGACCAGUUACGCCAGGAGUCUGAGCAGCUCAGGAACCAGAUCAGAGAUGCCAGGAAAUCCUGUGCAGAUGCCACCUUGAGCACGGUCACAGCUAAUAUUGAUCCUGUGGGCAGAAUUCAGAUGCGCACUAGACGAACACUGAGGGGUCAUCUGGCUAAAAUUUAUGCCAUGCAUUGGGGCACUGACUCCAGACUGCUGGUGAGUGCCUCCCAGGAUGGCAAACUCAUCAUCUGGGACAGCUACACCACAAACAAGGUUCAUGCCAUCCCUCUGCGCUCCUCCUGGGUCAUGACCUGUGCGUACGCUCCUUCUGGAAACUAUGUAGCUUGUGGUGGACUUGAUAACGUGUGUUCUAUUUACAACCUGAAAACACGGGAAGGAAAUGUCCGUGUGAGCCGUGAGCUGGCUGGACACACAGGCUACCUGUCUUGCUGUCGUUUCCUGGAUGAUAACCAGAUUGUAACCAGCUCUGGAGACACCACCUGUGCUCUGUGGGAUAUUGAAACUGGCCAGCAGACAACUACAUUUGCUGGCCACACUGGGGAUGUCAUGAGCCUCUCACUUGCACCUGAUACCAGGUGCUUUGUCUCUGGUGCUUGCGAUGCCUCCGCCAAGCUUUGGGAUGUCAGAGAAGGAAUGUGCCGACAAACUUUCACUGGACACGAGUCAGACAUCAAUGCCAUCUGCUUCUUUCCUAAUGGCAAUGCAUUCGCAACGGGCUCAGACGACGCCACCUGCAGGCUGUUUGAUCUGCGUGCUGACCAGGAGUUGAUGGUUUACUCUCACGAUAACAUAAUCUGUGGAAUCACUUCUGUAGCGUUCUCCAAGAGUGGCCGUCUGCUGCUAGCUGGAUAUGACGACUUCAACUGCAAUGUCUGGGACUCCCUCAAAGCUGACCGUGCAGGUGUUCUUGCUGGUCACGAUAACAGAGUCAGCUGCUUGGGUGUAACUGAUGACGGCAUGGCCGUUGCAACAGGAUCGUGGGACAGUUUCCUCAAGAUCUGGAACUAAAAAGCCUGAAGAUGGCAUUCGGACUCCAACGUGGCUGGAAGACCAUUCCGACAUAAUUAAAAAUCAUUGCAUAUCCAAUCCACUCAUACUGACUCAAACACCCCCAAAACUACAAAGGGCAAAAUGCUACCUUUCCUUCUCUCGUUUAAAAAGAAGAGCACAACUGUUUAUCACCUAACAAAAGAAGAAUUCCUGUGGUAUUUUAAAGCAAAAAGACAAAAGAUUGUGCAUUUCUUUUGGGACCAUUUUAUGUUUCUGUUUUGAGAGAAAAAGAAAAACACUAUCAUCCCAUACAAAAUGUAACUAGGAAACAAAUGUUUGAGCCUAAUCAUGAAACGAUCUAACUCUUGCUAGUUUCAUUUUAAAUUUUAGAUCUGUGAGCUUGUUUAACAUUAGUAAUGAAAGCAUUGUUUUAUCACAGUCCUAAGGUUUUUAGAAUCCUGUUUGCAGCUGAGUUUAAAAUAAAAAAAAAUAAGUCUUUUUUCUUUUUUUUUUUUUUCUUUUUAAAUCAGCUUGAAAACAAACAUAAGGGAGUCCAAGCCCAGCAUUCGGAGCUGUAUAUUUAGUCCCAGAUUUAUUUUCUGUCCUGUGUCACAGAUCUUUGUUUUGCACAAAGAAACUUUGCGUAUGUAGAAUAAUAUUGAAAACGUAAACUAACCAAGCACAUGCUGUUUGUGGUAAUGAAUGCUCGUUUUUAAAAUUAUCUUUUUUUUUUUCUUCUCCUUUUUUCUGUUGUUGGGUAAUGUAGAAUAACUAAAUGAAGAUGAACCCCGCAAUUUGUUUUGUUUUCUGUUCUGUUGGUUUUCUUUUUGUUUAGGGGGGGUUACAUUUUUACCCCAGUUUACUCUCUGGAGUUUCCUGUU